AUAUGCAGGUGACAGGUGAAUCACACACACACACACUGCAGCUCCCCUCAGAAAGACAGCAAGAUGGUUUUCACAGUCAAGGACAUGAGCUUUAAUGCCGGAACAGAGUUAAAAAUCUCCGGGAAGGUCAAAUCCGACUGUGAAGGGUUCUCUAUUAACGUGGGUCAUGACUGUGACAACAUAGCGCUUCACUUUAACCCUCGAUUCACUCAGAGCGGAGACUCUCGUGUUAUCAUCUGUAACUCAAAUCUGGGCGGAUGGGGCGAUGAACACCGUGAACCAUGUUUCCCUUUUGAACAGGGCCAAGAGUUUAAGCUGAGCAUCACCUUCAACAACGAAACCUUUUAUAUCAAACUACCUGACGGCAACAUGAUGAGCUUCGCAAACCGUCUCGGGGACGACUCAUUCAGUCACAUUCAUGUUCACGGUGAUGUGAAGGUUCACAGCGUUAAGGUCAAAUGAUGAAGGAUGAAGACGAAUGAAAAACUCCACUCCGACCUGUCAAAUAAAUCCUCUGAGACAA